AUGAAGUUCUCUCUCAUUGCUGCUGCCACCGUUGCCCUUGCUGGUCUUGCCUCUGCUAAUGCCAUCCAACACGAUGUGCACUGCAUCAAGUACGCCACCGCCGAAGUUGCCCAAUCUUGUGUCGAGUUUACUGAGGCCAAUGGUGUCAACUUCCGCACCUUCCAGGACAUCAACAGCGGUCUUCCCUCCAACUGCGUUGUUGAGAAGGAUCAAGAAUACUGCAUUAGCGUCGGCCACACUCGUGCUAAGCGUUGCCUUGCUGAAAAGAAGAAGGCUGAAGAAAAGAAGAAGCAAGAACAAGAGCAACAAAAGGAGGAAGAGCAACCCAAGCAAGAAGAGAAGCCUGCCAAGAAGCCCUCUGGCAAUGCUCCCUCUGAAUACGCCAUCCCCCGCUCUGAGACCUCUGGUUUGAGACUCGUCAACAAGAUCAAUGAGAACUGCCAGUGGUACUAUACCAUUCUCCCCGAGGAUGAUGGCUGCUACGCUGUCGCUGAGAAGAACAACAUCCCUGUUGAGACCCUUUACAAGCUCAACAAGAACCUCCACAGCAAGGAGCCCAACGUCUGUGACAACCUUGACACUGGCAAGACUUACUGCAUUGGCUUGUAA